GCAAAGCGUUCUUAUUCCUAUGAUGCAGUGAUGCGAUUAAAUAACAUCGAAAGUUGUUUAAUUGAUAUGAAAAAGUCGCGGGACGAAGUGAUAGCAAAUAUUGAUCAAAUUUUAGAACGGGAGAAAACAAAGCUUGUUUUGGAAAAAGAGAAAAAUUCCAGUGAAUUAAGGCUUUCUAGAUAUCGUGCUGAAAUUGCUGACCAGAGCAAAGCACUUGAAGAAGAUCGACAACGUAUAAAUUCUUUACGUGAAAAUAUUCGAUUACGUCGUGUUGCUUUAGAAGAUGCGAGAAGUCGUUAUCAAACAGGAAAUGAAUAUUUGGAGGAAAGCCACAAGCUAUUGGAACGAGCUCGGGUUGAUGUUCUUAGCGAAGCCCUCUUCGUAACAACAUCUAAACUUUGCGCUCGUCAGAAGGAACUAGUUGCUGACCUACUCACUAUAUAUCCUAUAGAGCAGAUACAGUCAGAAUCCUUCUCUUUCAAAAUUCUCGGUGUUCCGUUACCAAAUUCAGUAUUCACAGGAUGUGAUGAAGAUCAAGUUGCUACAGCAUUGGGAUUUACUUGCCACCUCAUUCAUAUGCUCGCGUAUUAUCUUGAUGUGCCUUUAAGGUUUCCAAUGACUCCUAUGUCUUCUAAAUCAAUAAUACGUGAUCCAAUAUCGACGUCUUUAUCAAAUUCGAGACAAUUUCCCUUAUAUUCUAAAGGUGUCGAUCGUUUUCGAUUUGAAUAUGCUGUGUUUUUAUUAAAUAAAAAUAUAGAACAG